GUACUGGUCAGUCAGAAAAGGUACCAAAUCGACAAAGAGAGGGGGAAGGAAACAAACCCAGAGAGGGUGAACCACAUCCUCGCAAACGAGAGGAAAAUGAUAGAGAGGGUCCACCGCGUCCUAUGGGGCGAGGGCGAGGCAGAGGGCGAGGAAGGGGACGCCCAGGGAGUGGGGAAGUGAAGCCACAGAGGGUGAGGACAACGUCAGGUGAGGACAGAACAGUAGAGACACAACAUGACCUCCUUAUUAUCAAAUUGGACAACUCCAAGGUGAGUGAUGGAAGUGUAGAGAUAGAGUACUCAGAUGGAGAGACACCAAAUAGUACAGUUAUUACCACGUCCUCUGGCAGGGUGCCUAACUCUCGCACAGCCCAGACAUCCACUGAGGAACUUUGGUGGGACGAGGAGGCAGAUGAUCUGCUAACAGGAAGUCUUCUUGGCGAGGACGGCGAUGAUAUAUUCGAGCAUAAGGAACUGUUUGGUGAGCAUGUUAGUCUGGAGGAAGACCAUGAUGGACUAAAUCUCCAUGACAAUAUUCAGGAAGACCAGUUCCUGUAUGAUUAUGAGGAGGGCCAGUUUGAUAGUACGCCACGUCAAAGUCAAAGUCAAGGUGACACAGACGAAUGGGAGGACUGCCCUGAAGAUGAGGAGGAAGAACUUGAAAAUCAUGCUAAAUCAGAUGCAGUCAAGAUAAACUGCCACCUUAACCCUGAGGCGCCCGAGUUCACACCCCACUCUCCUCAUUCCCCAGUCUCAGAUUCUGCUGUAAACAAAGCCCAAAAGAACACAGCAACUGUGAAUAAAUCUGCUACAGCCUCGUCUAAAUCCCAACACGCUCCGAGCUCCAAGCCAACGAAGGCUUCUGCUAAAGGUGCUGUCAUGCCUCACCAGGACAGCGAUUCCUCAGGGCAGAAAAUGAGGAAAGAAAAGGAAGGAAAAGCUGCAAAGAAGCCACUUAGUGACAGCGAUGGUAGCAAGCAGAAAUCUGCUGCAAGUGAAGGUCCAAAAAUGGACAGUAUGCAGAAAUCUGCUAUAGCUAAGAGUCCUAAAAAGGAUGAUAAACAGAAACCUACUUCAGGAGAGAAUCCAAAGAAAAACAGUGGACAGAAAUCUGUUCCACAGAAGAGUGUUAAAUUGGAGGAGAUAAAUGACAAAAAGUCAAGUGAUGCACAAAACACUGUCAGUUCUCACAAGAAGGAAGAAGGCAGUGAAGUGCUCACAUCUUCUCCAGAAAAAGACAGUCCUAAAGGUAAAGAUUCUGAGAAGGAAGUAGAGUCCAAAACAGAGAAGGAAAUAUCCUCUAAACAAGAGGAUCCAGUACGCUCUGAAGUGGAGGACACAUCCUCCACACAAGAGGAGGAGGUACAUUCCUCCUCAGAGGACAAUAGUCCUCAA